CACAAAACAUACUCCUGCCGAAGCGCUGAGAAGUAGCUAGACAAGAAUAAUGGGGUUCAGUGAGGCACAGGAAGAGCUCGUCCUCCGUUCAUGGAAAGCCAUGAAGAGCGACUCUGAGUCGACUGCUCUUAAGUUCUUCCUCAGGAUCUUUGAGAUCGCGCCGGGUGCCAAGCAGAUGUUCUCCUUCCUGCGCGACGCCGGCGACGCGCCGCUGGAGAAACACCCCAAGCUCAAGGCCCACGCCGUCACCGUCUUCGUUAUGGCAUGCGAGUCGGCGACGCAGCUGAGGAGCACCGGCGACGUGAAGGUGAGGGAGGCCACCCUGAAGCGGCUGGGCGCGACGCACGCCAGGGCGGGCGUCGCCGACGCGCAUUUCGAGGUCGUCAAGACGGCGCUGCUGGACACCAUCAGGGACGCGGUCCCGGACAUGUGGACGCCGGAGAUGAAGGCGGCGUGGGAGGAGGCCUACGACCAGCUGGCCGCCGUCAUCAAGGAGGAGAUGAAGAACGCCGCCGCCGCCGAGGAGCAGACGAAGAACGCCGCCACCGCCGCGGAGGAGACGACGAACGCCGCCGCCGCCGAGGAGGAGACGACGAACGCCGCCGCGGCUGUUGAUGCUUCCUAGCUCCUAGCCUAGCCUCCUGCUACGCUCCUCUGCUAGCGACCGUGGCACGCGCACCGCUGCGUUAAUGGGUGUUUUUGGACUGCUGCUGGCCUGAUACCUAACUACGGAGCUGUCGCUAAUGCUGCUGCAUUUUUGUUUGUCGACCGCAUCAUUUUUGUGAUGAUGAAUAAAAUAUUCAGAAAAGGCC